AGUAAAUACAUUGUUUCCCACAGUUCCAAAUGCAGGACAUAAGAUUGGACCAGAAUGAAGUCAGGUAGCCCCAUGUGUAUUCAGUGUAACACUUUGUUAAACGGAGUAUUUGUCGAAACCCAAGGCACCUAAAAUUUUUAACUCAGAAGACCUUGUAACUGGGAAAAGGAGGGAGGAGUUACUUUAUCGGAAAGUGAACUUUCCUUUAAAGAAUCACGUUCCUAAUUUCUUGAGUCCUGCAAGCAAGGGGUCGCGCAGGUUUUUGCAAGUUUUCCUGGAGGAGAAACAAAGUCAAGAAAUAACAGUCCUAGAGGGAGGAUAAGCAAAAGCUGUUGGAAAUACUCAUCCCCUCAAACUGAUGGUGCGUUUUAAUUUCAGCUGCGAUAAUGUCUCUUCCUGUAAAACAAAGCCAAGAUGUAAAUUAAAAGUGGCAGAGGUGUGGCGUAUUGCUCCCGUUUAAACUGCUUGUCAGAAACAGCCGUCUCAGCUGGGGAAGGUUUAGGAAAAGGCGUCAGUCCUUCAGUCAGAUCCCCCUGCAGGAAGGUUGGAGUCAAGGUUGGAAUAGACCCUUGAGCUCCAGAGAGGACGCCUCCGGGUGAACUGCGGGGUUCCGGGACCUCAGCAAGGUCAGGGGGCGCCCCUGACCCCAGCUGCUCUUCAGUUUAGCCCCCCUCUCUUGGAAAGCCCGGCGGGGAUCUGUCUGGAGUUAGGCUCUCUGUAGGCCGUCAACGUUCUUUAGGACCUCAGGGAAACCCAGGCGUUUCUGGCUUUAGGACCCAGGAACUCCCAGGCAGCCUAGAUUUAGAUGUCUUGGACUACAGCACCACCUACUUAUAGAAGCAUCCCGAGCCUCUGCCGGUCUGCAUCUCCAUCGGAAAGUGUGCUCGCCACAUCCCUUCGGCCUCACAGUAGGGUUCCGUCUCCUACAGUUUGGAAACGGGAGAAACCUUAGCUGUGGAGGGAACGUGCAGAGAGCUCGAGAAGCGGCACAAUUGCACAGGGCGCGGAGAGUGCGAGCGGGCGCACCCCUCGCCCGGGGAUCGCGCUCGCUGGCGCGGACGGAGCAUCCCAGUGGCUGCAGACGCGCUCGCUCUCCGCGCCCUGCCUGCCGCCGCCGGCCCGAAGGACCCUCAGCGCAUGCCGACUCCGCGGCGGCCGCCGGAAUCCCAGAGCUAGCAGGAGCUCCCGGCGGGUCUCCACAAACUUUCCCCCAGCCCACGUGCUAAUCAAGCGGCUCGCUUCCCGAGCCCGCGAUGGAGCGCCGCACCUAGGCACGCCUCGCCGCCCGCGAUCUACGUGCGCACGGUUCGCGGCGGAGAGAUGCUGAUCGUGCUGAACUGACCGGUGCGGCCCGGGGCUAGCGGCGACUCUCCCCCCGAGUCCUCCCCAGCAGCGCGGCCGGCGCCGGCUCCUUGGAUGAGCCCUCCAGUUCCCCGACUUUGAGAGGCGCCUCUCGCCCGCCCGACCGUCCAGAUGCAGUUUCGCCUUUUCUCCUUUGCCCUCAUCAUUCUGAACUGUAUGGAUUACAGCCACUGCCAAGGCAACCGAUGGAGACGCAGUAAGCGAGCUAGUUAUGUAUCAAAUCCCAUUUGCAAGGGUUGUUUGUCUUGUUCAAAGGACAAUGGCUGUAGCCGAUGCCAGCAGAAGUUGUUCUUCUUUCUUCGAAGAGAAGGGAUGCGCCAGUAUGGAGAGUGCCUACACUCCUGCCCGUCGGGGUACUACGGACACCGAGCCCCAGACAUGAACAGAUGUGCAAGAUGCAGAAUAGAAAACUGUGAUUCUUGCUUUAGCAAGGACUUUUGUACCAAGUGUAAAGUCGGCUUUUAUUUGCAUAGAGGCCGUUGCUUUGACGAAUGUCCAGAUGGUUUUGCACCAUUAGAUGAAACCAUGGAAUGUGUGGAAGGAUGUGAAGUUGGUCAUUGGAGCGAAUGGGGAACAUGUAGCAGAAAUAAUCGCACAUGUGGAUUUAAAUGGGGUCUGGAAACCAGAACACGGCAAAUUGUUAAAAAGCCAGCAAAAGACACAAUACCAUGUCCAACCAUUGCUGAAUCUCGGAGAUGUAAGAUGACCAUGCGGCACUGUCCAGGAGGGAAGAGAACACCCAAGGCCAAGGAGAAGAAGAACAAGAAAAAGAAGAGGAAGCUGAUAGAAAGAGCCCAGGAGCAACACAGUGUCUUCCUCGCCACAGACAGAGCUAACCAGUAAAAUACAAGACACACAUGGUGGAAUUUGGGGGGUUUUUGUUUUUGCGAAAGUGCACAAAGCUACUCUCCACUCCUGCACACUGGUGUGCAGCGUUCGUGCUGCUCUGACCAUUCUCUGUUCCCAGUAACAUGGUGAAAGGAAGCGCCCCAAGCGUGGCCUCUGUGCUAUUUGUGCUUUGAUUUGAACCUGGAGAUCGUGAAGGCGGCAGGAGUCAGUGCACAGCCUGCAACUUGGCUCGGCGUGUGCCCAGACUGCACCCCUGGGCACGCGAGAAGUGUGAGGCUGCAGACCACCCCUGGCGCCCGGACCUGUGCCUACUGAUGUGAAAGACAGUGCUCUCGGCAGGCAAAGUGCUAUUCACUUGUGACCUUUGUUUCUCACCGUGUGCAUUUUCAAGGCUACGUGUUUGUGGAUAUCUGCUUAGUGUUACCACAUGGUGUUCUCAGCAUCUGUUACCUCCAUACUGUUGUGUGAUGAAACUGCUUCUAGCUGGGGACAUGCGCCGGAAACUGCUGCCCAGUUUCACAGCGGCCCUAAUAUGUACAUAUUCUGCUGGGGCUCUGCGUAUCAAGCUCUUAUUUACUGUAUAUUUAUGCUUUCUUGUGUGUAAGAAGUCAUACCUGAUUAACAUGAUGUCACUUUAGUGGGUCCUAACCAUUGUCUGGUAAAUGACUGUUCUAGUUUUGCGAAUUGACAAAAUUAACAAAUGUUUUGUUGCUUCUUGAAAGAUUUUUUUUUUUUUUUUGGUCGGCUUAUUUCUCAUUGUAAGAAUAGGAUAAACUAGUUUUUGUAUAUAGAGUCAAAUGACCAGCGUCAAAGAGUUUGAAUAUCAACAGCCCUUCCCCACUCCAUGUGUCCCACACACAGAUAAAACAGUAUCUGGCAAAACUC